AUGGAGGAUCUCCGAUCCAGGUCGUGCGUGGAUUGGAGGAUGCAAAAGCCGCCACAGGGAGCCUACGGCGGUGGAGGAGCGGCGCCGCCUGGUUUGUACGAUCUGAGAUGCUACAGCCUCUCCUAUGCUUCCUACGAAGCCCCGCCGGUCCCCAAGAAAGGGAGAAACGCCGGCGCCGGUGCCGCUAGCUCUCGGUCGUCGUCCUUCAGGAACAGCUGGAGCCUCAGCGACCCGGAGAUGCAGAGGAAGAGGAGGGUCGCCGGGUACAAGAUGUACGCGGCGGAGGGGAAGAUAAAAACGUCCUUUAGGAAGAGCUUCAAGUGGCUCAAGGACAGAUACACUGUGGUCGUCCGCGGCUGGUGA